AUGCUGUCUCCACCCCACGCAGGGGCAUUUGACGUUGGCGUGGCGGGACAAGUCUCGUCACAUCUCAAUGAAGGCGAUCAGCCCAGAGGAGAGGCAAGCAAGGGGUCUUUAGACUCUAUGCCACCUACUCCACGCAAGACAACUUCCAGGGCUCGCUCCCUUUGUACAUGGAAAGAUUGUCAGUAUCGUGGAUGUAAUACCGAAGACGCGAAAAGUCACGCCUCCGUCCACCGACAAUGCCCCAAAGAAGACUGUGGCUGGGCUGAGGCAAAGAGCCAAAGCCAAAAGGAUCGACAUGUUUGGAGCAACCACAAGGUCUGGGCCAAAGAGAGCGGGUAUCCUUCUCAAAGUGUCAUGUGCGAUGAGUGUUAUCAAACAUUCUCUCGCAAGGACAAGUUGCCUCGCCAUAAGAGGGAAGUUCAUGCGGCGCAGAAGAGGGUGAGAUAA